AUGGAAUGCACUUUUUCUCCCGAUGAAGACAUUCGAAUUGUCCUGAUUGGAAAGACAGGGAAUGGGAAGAGUGAAUCGGGAAACACCAUCCUAAAUCAACGGGCUUUUAAGUCGGUCCUCUCUCCGAGCUCUGUGACAUCAGAGUGUGAAAAGGCCAGAGGAGUGGUGAACGGCUGCAGGGUCGCGGUGAUCGACACUCCAGGAAUAUAUGACACAAAGUACAAGGAAGCCGAGGUGAUCAGAAAACUUAAAGAAUGCAUCUCUCUCUCUGCUCCUGGUCCUCAUGUGUUCCUCAUUGUGGUCAAGCUGGACAGAUUCACAGAGGAGGAGCAGAAAACCGUGAAGCUCCUACGUCUGGUGUUUGGUGACAAAGCUGCAGAUUACUCCCUGGUUCUCUUCACUCAUGGUGACCGGCUGCGACACACAACAGUGGAAGAAUACUUCAGCAAAUGUGGCAAACUGAGUCACCUGAUCGCACAAUGCAACUGGCGCUACCAUGUCUUCAACAAUACAGUCACUGAUAAACAUCAGGUACCUCAGCUGCUUACAAAGAUAAGAAUCAUGAUUAGUGAUAAUGGCGGAACAUUUUACACAAAUGCAAUGUUCCAGGAAGCCGAGAGAGCGAUCCAAGAUGAAGCAAAGAGGAUUAUGAAGGCCAGUGCUGAGAAGAAGCGAAGACAAGAGGAAGAACUGAACGACAAACUUAAAGGAGAGGAGCUGCAGGAGAAGCUCCAGUGGCUUAAUGACGAGUAUAUAAGAAAAUCAAGAGAGAAGGCCGAGAAGAAAAACAAAUUUCUUGAAACGAGUAUGAUUCUGGAGUCACUGGCCCUGAGGGAAAACUGA